UUUCUAUGAGGAAUGUCUUGCUGCUGCAAAACCAGCAAGGAACAGUAUGGUCAUGUGACUAAAGAGGGCAGGAUACUUCUAGGAAGUGCCCCUGCGAAGGCAGCCAACGUGUAUCGGCACUGCAGGCUCCAGGCUACAGAACUACCACUCAGUGGUGAGUGAAGGCUCUGCUGUGGUCAGUUCUCAAACAUCAGCAACUCCUUUGCCCUAUGACCAACUGCCUGGUGACUGGAAGAAAGGAUGGAGUGGCUUGUACCAGUUUUGGAAAAAGGGUGGAUUCUACAACAUUCAUCAUCUCAUGGUGGAAAAUUACCAGCGCUUUGGACCUAUAUACAGAGAGACUCUGGGAACGUAUGACAGUGUUUAUAUUCAGAAUCCAGAGGAUGCUGCUGCAUUAUUCAUGGUGGAAGGAAUGUAUCCUGAGCGCCUUCGUGUUCAGCCGUGGUAUGAGUAUCGUGAUUACCGCAAUAAAAAAUAUGGAGUUCUACUAAAGAGUGGAGAAGAAUGGCGCUGCCAAAGACUAAUAUUGAACAAAGAAGUCCUUUCUGUAGCAGGAAUGAAUCGCUUCCUGCCUCUUCUGGACAAUGUCGGACAGGAUUUUAUUCGCAGAGUUUACACUCAGGUGGAGAGAAGUGGUCGGGGAAAGUGGACAGCUGACCUGACCAAUGAGCUCUUUCGAUUUGCAUUGGAGUCUGUGUGUUAUGUGCUCUAUGGACAACGUCUUGGUCUGCUGCAAGAUUACAUAAACCCUGACUCUCAAGAAUUCAUAGAUUCUGUAACUGUCAUGUUCCACACCACCAGCCCCAUGCUUUACAUUCCUCCACGACUCCUUAGGUUAAUCAACUCCUCCAUUUGGAAAGACCAUGUAAAGGCUUGGGAUUCUAUCUUCAACCAUGCUGAUCGCUGUAUACAGAGCAUCUACAGUUCUUUAAGGCAGCGCUCAGACGAUACAUAUGCAGGAGUCCUUUCCAGUCUUCUUCUUCAAGAUAAGCUUCCUCUUGAGGACAUUAAAGCUAGCAUUACUGAACUGAUGGCAGGAGGUGUGGACACGACGUCUAUGACUCUUCAGUGGGCCAUGUAUGAGCUGGCACGUGCCCCAAGUGUCCAGGAGAAGCUUAGGUCUGAAAUUCUCGCUGCUAGGGCAGCUUCUGGAAAUGACUUAACAACGUUACUGAAGAGGAUCCCAUUGGUCAAAGCUGCUUUGAAAGAAACUCUCAGAAUGCAUCCCGUGGCUAUCUCAUUACAGAGAUAUACUCAGAGGGACACAGUUAUCCGGAACUACUUGAUACCACAGGGGACCUUGGUGCAAGUUGGACUGUAUGCAAUGGGUCAGAAUCCAGAUAUCUUUCCUUCUCCUGAAAAAUUCUCUCCUGAGCGCUGGCUAAGGGAAGAAUCAACUCAUUUUAAAGGCCUAGGCUUUGGUUUUGGACCCCGACAAUGUCUUGGCAGAAGGAUAGCAGAAAUGGAGAUGCAACUUUUCCUCAUUCACAUUCUGGAGAAUUUCAAGAUAGAGACUAAUCGAAUGGUUGAGGUGGGAACAACCUUUAAUCUCAUUCUCUUCCCUUCCAGACCCAUUCAACUAACCUUGUCCCCUUUGUCAAUGAAUGGUUCUGAAGGACAUUCUUAAUGAUUUCUCGCUUUGACAUAGAAGAGGAGGCCAUUUUGACCGCUGAAUCAUUGUCCAAGAUAAUGUAGUCUAUUAAUGAAUUAAAAAAUGUGACAUCCCAGGUGCCCUGGUAACUGAUAUCCAGGUGAACAACUUUUAGAUUCUUCUUCUUCUUCAAUAUUUAAAGCACAACUCUGUUGAAAAAUCUAAGUGUCUUAAAUUAUCAUCUGUAACCAUUAUGUCUGAUACCAUUAUUAGUAUGUACUGUAGGGAAACGAGGUAGGAAAUGCACUGUGUGAUCAUUGUAAAUCUGCAUAACCCUGGGUGCUCUGCAGUUGUCACCGAAUGUCCACUAGGCUCCUUACUGUAGAUCAGUGGUUCUCAGCCUUUUUCCCCCCGAGUAUCCCUUGGUAACCCAUUACCAAAAAUUG